UUACAUGAAUUCCCCCCCUCCUUUCUCUUUUUUCUCUCGUUAAUGGAGAAUCAAGCAGCAGGUGAAACUUCAUCCACUGAGUCCCAAAUCACUUCCAUCCACCCUCCUCCUCCUCCUCCUCCUCCUCCUGCCGCCCUCGGAGGAAACCACAUGAAACGGAGUCCAUCAGAAUUAGCGAUGGCGGAGCUUUUUAAUUUUAACGCAGCAUCAGACCUGACUCAAAACAGCAUUUUCUAUCACCAAACUUUCCAUGAACUUACCGACCAGCUUUUGGCUGAAGAUCUUUCCUUUGGUUUCAAGAAUCGGGAAAUGAUGAACGGGUUUCCGAGCGAUAAUGUGUGGGCAGAAAAUCCCACACCACAUAAGCGAACCAGGAUCAAUAUUGCAGCAGCCAUUGAUUCUCAGUCAUCCAUAUGUGGCAGAGGAAACUGGUCAGGUGGAAGUGAUCAUAAACCCAAAAAAUGUAGCGAAGAAAGUGAAAUAAUGGCAAGAGGAACAAGCAGUGGUUCAUCGGCCGGGGAUCAAUUAUCUGAUGAUGAAGUUGGUCCAUGCGAGCAAAGCCUUGAUCCUACUCAUUUGAAACGCAUUAGAAGGAUGGUCUCCAACCGAGAGUCUGCAAGGCGAUCAAGGAAAAGAAAACAAGCACAUAUGGCUGACCUUGAAACCCAGGUUGAUCGACUGAGAGGAGAAAAUUCAUCUCUGUACAAGCAAUUUUCAAAUGCAACUCAACACUAUCGAGAGGCUGAUACAAAUAAUAGAGUGCUUAAAUCGGAUGUGGAAGCUCUCAGAGCCAAGGUUAAGUUAGCAGAAGAUAUAGUGACUCGAGGGUCACUUACGUGUGGAUUGAAUCAACUUCUUCAAAGUCAUUUAAGCACACCACAACCUGCAGUAACCAAUCAAAAUAAUCUACGUCAAUUAUCAAACGUACCAGUAUCAGUUUCAGUCUCUCCAACAAUUACUGUUCAUGGAGAUAAUAAUGCAAAUUCAUCUUCAUAUGCUACUGGGAUGCCUCACAAUUCCUCACUCAAUGCUUCUGAUAUCAACAAUGGAAUCCUUAAUAGCGAUGCUGCAAGCUGUGUCUCUGAGAUUUGGCAUUGAAUUAAUAAAAAUGGAGACUUUUUUUUUUUU